AGGAACGGGACGAGCAGCUCGGUAAUGCCGCCGGAGCAGGCAGAGCUCGGCUCCCUCACCCGGCCGCCUGCUACCGGCAUCCUGGAGCCCCAGAGUUUCUCUUUUUCGGUUCUAAACCGGAAACUGGAUAAUCUUAGGGGGUCAGGCGUGAGAGAAGCGAGGGCUGGGAGAGCGCUGGGGCUGGGAGAGCGCUGGAGCUGCUUAGGGAGCUUCUGGCUCCUCCGCGGUUUGGAGUCUCCAAAAGGAUGCGUGGCCUUUCUGCUACGCCAGCCCGGAUCCCUGGCUCUGUCCUGCACCUUCCGCCGGCUCCCCAGGGCUGUCCCUCCAGUCUGCUCCCUGCGGGACCCCCCCUCCUGCCCAGCGUUGCCCUCUGGCCCCUGCAAAAUCCAGCAAGAGAUGGAGGGCGAUCCCACCCUGCGCCUUCGUGUCUUUGACCUCAACUGCUGGGCCAUUCGCUACCUGAGCAAACGGCGGCAGGAGCGCAUCCGGCUCAUCGGGGACAUGCUGCGCCAGGAGGAUUUUGAUCUGGUGCUUCUUCAGGAGGUGUGGAGUGAACGGGACUACAGUGAUUUGAAGGUGAAACUAGGAGGCUGUUACCCCUUCUCUCAUUACUUCCGCAGUGGGGUGAUUGGCAGCGGCCUCUGCGUCUUCUCCAGGUUCCCCAUUCUGGACACGCUCCUCUACCAGUACUCGCUGAAUGGGUACCCCUACAUGCUCCAACAUGGGGACUGGUUUUGUGGCAAAUCCGUUGGCCUUGUCAUCAUUAGGAUCUCAGGGAUCAUCUUCAACAUCUAUGUCACCCACCUGCACGCCGAGUACUGCCGGGAGAAGGACGCCUACCUGCCCCACCGCCUGGUGCAGGCCUGGGAGCUGGCACAGUUCAUCCGACACACCUCCAAGGCGGCUGAUGUGGUGCUGCUGGGAGGGGACCUGAACAUGCACCCCGAAGAUGUGGGCAUCCGGCUGCUGCGUGGCUGGACGGGGCUGCGGGAUGCCUUUGCCGAGGCCACACACUUUGAGGGCUGUGAGGAUGGUUGUACCCUUGUCCCCAACAACUGCUUCACUGACAAAUCAGAGCUGCUGCCCUUCCCACUGGGCAUCCGCAUCGAUUACAUCCUCUACAAGGCCAUCUCCAGCUUCAUGGUAAAGUGUGAAGAGCUGAAGACCACCACAGGGGCAGCUCCGGGCAUGGACGUCCCCUUCUCAGACCAUGAAGCUGUGAUGGCAACACUGCACAUCCAGAGGCAGGGACAGGCUGCGGGUGCCACCCUCACCACUGCUGAGCCAAUGCUGGGAGAUGUGGUGACAGAGGCACGGACAGAGGUGGCCGUGGGGCUGCGGGCAGCACAGCGGCAGCGCUACUCCUCGGGCAGGAUGGCCUUGCUGGCCCUGCUGCUGCUGCUGCUGCAGGCCGUGGCCGCACUGGGUGCGCUGGCAGGGCUGGACGCCGGGCAGCCCUUCCCCAAGCUCUCCUUCUGCCUGCUGGCCUUCCUUGCCAUUGGCAUCCUCCUUCUUGCCACUGGUCUCCACCUGUUUCACACCAUGGAGGUGAAGAUGCUGCACAGCACUGAGGAGCAGAUGCGGAUGGUGCUGCGGACGCUGCAGGAAUGUCCCAGUGACGGCUGAACUGAGGCUGUGGGUGUCCCACAAUACCCCUCCAGUGAUGGCUGAACCGAGGCUGUGGGUGUCCCACAAUACCCCUCCAGCCCCACUGUGUCCCUUUUUGAUCCUUUUUUUAGCUGAUUUCUGGCAACAGUGCAGCCAGUGCAGUAGUGCAGGUUUGACAUUUGCCUCUGAGAGAAAUUAAGAUAUUGGGGGUAGAUUUGUUGCACUGGCCCUUGUGGGAACGAUGGACGUGGGGUUUUAUUGCUUUUUAAAUACACCCUUUGUACCUGGAGGGACCUGCUGGCCUGGUUGGGAGGCUUGAAAGACUCAGGCUCCCCAUGCCUGGGGUGGAACGCUGGUGACUGCUCUAACAACCAGAUUUGACUCAGACAGAAAAUAAAGGUGGUAUUUUAGCCCUU